AUGGAGGAUGAAACGGAAGGGAAAAAGAUCAAAAGUUAUAUUAAACCUUAUGCUGGUAAGCCUAAGCCCAAGAACUAUAAGCACGUUGCGAGAGAACCAAUAAGGCAUGACAACAUCUCCAUGUUUAAACCACAAGAAAUCGUUCGACAAACGUCAUUACCAGCAAAGGCCAAGGUUUCCAGCGAUCAGAAGACUCGGGACGAUCUCAAAGUGAGUUUAGCGGUUACGUUUGUCAUACUAAUGUUAUUUUUUUCAUUUGUUGUUUUAUAUUUGCUUAUGUCUUGCUUUUUAAUAAGAUUUACAAUAUAACCAUCUUUAGAAAGACGCCUUAAAGAACUGUUACCAGUCACCGACACAUAAAGAGAAUACACAACCCAGCACUUCCAAAGUUUCAUCCUCCUCCAAGGUACGUUGACAUAAUAUUUAAAAGUUGUGACGUAAAGUUAUGCUUACAUAGAGUAAAAUGAAGUUUUCAGAAUUUACCACGACCUAAUACAUCUAGCCAAGUUGCUGAACUUAAGAAGGAGCUGGCAACGAAACAACAGAGUAUAGAGAUGUUAGAAGAGCGAUUGGUAAGUUAUUGAAAUGAAUAAUAUCAUGGUUCACACAAUGUUUAAAAUCACAAUGAUCUUUUGCAGUGGUAGUAAAUUUUAAAACUGUAUUUUCAGAAAUUUUGCCACACAAAUUGGAAAGAAGCCGAAACCAACUUGGACGAAAAAAUGAAGGAAUUGACAGAUAAGGACGAGAAAAUUGAACGGAUAAGGGCCAAGUAUGCCACCGUCAAGGAAGCUAGCAAGGAGAAAGACAAGAAGCUGAAGAAACUUGAAAUGGAUGCCAAACAGAAGGAGGAAGAGAUACGAAAGCUUCAAUCAGAUGCUAGAAAACAUGCUUCUAUUGUGGAUAAGUUGAGGAGCGAGAACAAAAUAUUGAUGAACAAGCUGAAAGAGGAAGAGGACGUUAUAAAUGAGAAGAAUGUCAUCAACGAAAAGUUGACAAUAGAGUUGGAUGAUAUCAAAGUGCAGAUGAAUCUCCAGACUACUGGAUACGAAGAGCAACUACAGAUCAUCAGACAGGACUAUGACGAGGGAAUGGACCAGAAGAAGGAGGAGAUCAUGUCUCUGUACAAGGGAUGCGAUUCUUUGGUCAGAAAGAAGGACGAGGAGAUUGCUACUCUCAAGAAACGGUUGGAGGAACGUGGAGCUGAGUGUGAGAGGCUGAACCAGAGUUUGCAUGAGGUAAUAUGUUAUUUAUGAUUGUGUAAAAGUGUGUUUUGUUGACUUUUACUUUAGUGUAGAUUACGUUAGUGAUAACAUGUUAAAGUUGCCUUCUUUAGACGGUAGAUAGCUUUAAUAUAAUUAAAGCUGAACUCGAAAAGAAGACCAACAUGCUGAAUCGUUGCAUGGAUGAGGCGGCGCUUCUCGUCGACAUGAUUCGAGAUUUGGACUUUUAUCGAAUCAAAUAUAAUGAGACAGUUGAGGUAAAACGUUGUGUGUCACAGUAGUCCGUUCUUCGAACGUCUUUCUAUUGUCGUGAUAGCGCAAAUCCAAAGACUUGUUGGUUCUGUUAGUAGAACAUACUUAAGCCUUUUUAAGGAAAAAAUAUCGAAAUGUAAAAAAGGCCACGGUUUUGGUUUGUAUUGAGAAUAAACAAAUUUUGUUUUAAUUUUAAUUAAAAAAGUACUACAAGCUUAUAGUUAGUCUUUCCUUUAUAUCAUAACAUUUUAAAAAUCUCAACAUGUUUUAAUGUUUAGGUACGAAAGAAGUUGUCCAGCCAAUCGGAAGCCGGCAACAGUCUAAAUGUGCAAGGUACUACGGUAACAGAAGAGGUUGUUGAUACUGCUACUGUCGAGAAAAACCAAGAAAAUAAAGUGACAAGUUCUGUGACUGUCGAGACUCGAAAGGCCAAUUUUGUUGCUGGCAAUGAGACAUUUGCACGUUCUCAAAAAGGCCUUGAGGUAUGUUAUUUUUAAAGUGAUAUUCCUGUUAAGUCACGGUAUAUGUUAUGUCAUAUUACUGUUGUAUAAUAGCUUACAUUUGAGUAACAGUUGAGAUAGAAGACAAUUUGUUUUGGCAUUAUAUAAUAUUCCUUUUAAACUUAAAUUUUGUUAUGUUUUUAGAAUCUUGCACCGAAACGUUUAUUGAGUCUAAGUGAGGAUCCACUUCUAAGUCCAGUACCCCAAUUGAAGACUGAAGUAGUAGACCCAUUUGAUGAUAUUAUCGUCACGAAAAUUGUCACAAAAAAGCCACGACUGAAUCUACUUAAGCAAGAACACGACACCUUCACUCCGAAUACUCAGUCUAGAUUUUAA